UUCAGCUCGUGAUCAGUGCAGUGCGCGAUCUGCGUCUCAUCCAUUUUACAACAACGUCUGUGCACCCGAGAUUUUCCGUGCAAGAGAUAAAAGAUGUUCAAGGCUUCCUGUCUCCUCCUCCUCCUGGCCAUUGCCGUCACCGUGAAUGCAGUUGCAAUUGGUGUUGCGGCCCCUGCAGCAGUCAUAAAGACUGAGGAAUACGAUGCCCACCCUCAAUAUUCUUUCUCUUAUGACGUGAAAGAUGCCAUUACGGGUGACAACAAAAAUCAACACGAAACACGCGAUGGAGACGUAGUCCAGGGACAAUAUUCCCUUAUUGAGCCAGACGGCACUCGCAGGACUGUGGAUUACACGGCUGAUCCAGUCAAUGGAUUCAAUGCAGUGGUAACUAAAACAGCUGGAGAGCACGUUGUGAAAGCCGUUGCCCCAGCUGUCGCGGUCGCCCAUGCCCCAGUAGCUGUAGCCCAUGCUCCCGUUGCUGUAGCCCAUGCUCCCAUUGCCGUAGCCCAUGCUCCAGUCGCUGUUGCCCAUUCUGCACCAGCGAUUGUGACUCACGCUGCCCCAGCCUAUUACUCCUCUCCAGCUGUUGUCCAUCACGCUCCAAGUGUCUUCGCGCACCACGUAGCUGCACCAAUUGUAGCUCAUCAUGCACCAGCCCUCAUCUCCCACGCUCCCGUGUACUCAGCUGCUUACCUGCACCACUAAUCCGUCCUGAGAGAUUUCGUUGCAAGUCGACUGGAUCUCACUCUACUUCGUGACCUUCCACCUUUCGUCCUCUCGAAACUUCCGACCCGCCUCCGUGGUCAGGCCACAUCAUGUGCGCAGCAACUUCAAUGCCACUUCUGUACAUAAGACAUUGCAAAUAAAUUGUUUCAACUUUCUUUAUA